GUCCCUUUAAAUGCCUGAUGUCACAGUCUCCUAUCCAGAGCGGAAGCCCAGUCGCUGGGAAUCUCCCGCCUGCUGCAGUUGACAAUCCUAGAGCCCUGGACUAGCACGUGGAGCAGGGAGCACACGUGGAACAGCAGCAUGGAAGAUUCACAGUCAGGUAUGGACCUAAGUAAUUCUCAGGAACAGUCAGUGGCUACAGAAGGACAGGAAGUUUUGAAAGACUGUAAUGUGAACAAAUUCCAGGAGAUGGAAAACAUGGAUAGUAGGGAAGAUAUGAAAGAGCACUGUCAACCUCAUGAAGAAACAGGAGAUGACUUGGUUAAAGUGAAGGGUGAAUACAGUGAAAGAGAAGAGAGUGCUUUGAAUUCAGAGCCUAUGGAAAAUACAGAAGAAUCUGAAAUACCUUACAGCUAUCCAAGAGAAUAUAAUGAAUAUGAGAGCAUUAAACUGGAGAGACAUUCUGGUUCAUAUGACAACAUCAGGCCAACUAGUGGAAAGAUGAACUGCGAUGUCUGUGGAUUAGCCUGCAUUAGCCUCAAUGUCUUGAUGGUCCACAAGCGUAGCCACACUGGUGAACGGCCAUUCCAGUGUAAUCAGUGCGGAGCGUCCUUUACUCAGAAGGGUAACCUCCUCCGCCACAUUAAACUACAUACAGGGGAAAAACCUUUUAAAUGUCAUCUUUGCAGCUAUGCCUGCCAAAGGAGAGAUGCACUAACAGGUCACUUAAGGACACAUUCUGUGGAGAAGCCCUACAAAUGUGAGUUUUGUGGAAGGAGUUACAAGCAGAGAAGCUCAUUAGAGGAGCAUAAAGAGCGAUGUCGUACUUACUUGCAGAGCACUGGCAUGUGUGAGGCUGCAAGCGUGGAGGCAAGGCACAUCAAAGCAGAGAUGGGGACUGAAAGAGCACUCGUGCUGGACAGGUUAGCAAGCAACGUGGCAAAGCGAAAAAGUUCAAUGCCUCAGAAAUUUAUUGGUGAGAAGCGACAUAGCUUUGACAUUAAUUACAAUUCCAGUUUCUUGUAUGAAAAGGAAAGCGAAAUGAUGCAAGGACGUAUGAUGGACCAGGCCAUAAAUAAUGCGAUCAGCUAUCUUGGAGCAGAAGCACUGCGUCCCCUUGUACAAACCCCACCAGCUCCCACUUCUGAGAUGGUCCCUGUCAUCAGCAGCUUGUAUCCCAUACCACUCACCCGCUCUGAAAUGUCAAAUGGCAAUCCACAAGACACAGAGAAGAGCCAUGUCCACCUUAGAGACAAAAGUUUGUCUUCUGACAGAGGCCUUUCCCCAAACAAUAGUGGCCAAGACUCCACAGAUACUGAUAGCAACCAUGAGGAGCGCCAGAGUCACACCUACCAUCAAAACCAAAUGAUCCCCUCCCAGGUCCGCAAUGGCCUCCAAUCCUUGAAGGAGCUGCCAAGGCCAUAUGACAUAAUCAAGCCACCAACCAUAUGCCCACGUGAUGCCUUUAAGGUUAUCAAUAAGGAAGGUGACGUCAUCGGGGUCUACAGAUGUGACCAUUGUCGUGUCUUGUUUUUGGAUUAUGUGAUGUUCACCAUUCAUAUGGGAUGCCACGGAUUCCGUGAUCCUUUCGAAUGCAACAUGUGUGGGUACAGAAGCCAAGACAGAUAUGAGUUCUCCUCACAUAUAGCACGAGGAGAGCACAGAGUGGUCCUGAAGUAAAAGGAUUGAUUUUCCAAGAGACCAAAGGAUCUGUUUUAGAUUUGUUUGUUUUUUAAAUUUGACUAAAAAAAUUGCUUAAAUAUUUUUUGUGCCAAUUCUAAAAAUGUUAGUGUCCCUCGUAGUAGCAAAGUACUGAUGGGGCUUUUUAUUUGUUACUCGAAAUGCAGUAUUCUGUAGCAUCUGUGCCUAGAUACUGUGGUGACUGGCACUAUAUAUAAAUACCAAAGAUUGGCAGAUACAGAUUUUGUAUGAACUUUAUUUUUGUGAAAAUUAAUAGCAACUUAAGAUAUGUUUUUAAAUAUUUUAACAUGUAUUUUUGUUAGAACAUUGCUUCCAGUAAUAGCAAAAUGGCAAUCUAGCUGUAUUCUGAGUGAAAUACGAAGUCAAAUAUUGAUGUCAUAAUUCUCAUAAAAAAAAGUUGAAAUUCAGCACAAAAGAUUGUCCAUCCUUACUGCCCUUUCAGAACCACUGUAUUCCAACCAGUAACACACAAGAGACACUUUCUGUUAGUGUUUCAAUUCCUGAGGUAUUCCUAAACUGGCCAAAUUAUUGAAACAGGGAAAACACAUAUCUGGGCAGAUCGUAUCAAAUAACUUUUAAAUGUUUCCCCCCAAAGUCUUAAAGAGUGUGUUGUCUCACCACACUUUGCUUUUGCUUACCCCACUCUGUUUACUUUCUUUAAAAUCUCUCCCCACUCACCUCUUACUCAGUAAUAUCAAAAUAAGCCAUGUGAGCUAUUUGGGGUUUGGGUUUUUUUAACUGGGUACGCUUUUGGGAUACCCAUCGAGACCCUUUGUUGGCUUGCCCCUAAAUUCUGGAGGAAAUCCUGCUUUUCAUUGAUGGAUCAUGCAUGUGUCUUUCUAACAGAACAAAAUUGCAAUGAGACUAAGACCCGAUUCUGCUUCCAUUGACAUCAAUAUCAAAACUCACACUGACUUCACCUGGUGCAGGAGCAGUCUCUAAAAUAGCAACGGGCAGACAAAAUGCUCAUUAAGGCAAAUGGGAUUUUUGCUUAUCAAGGGCUGCAGGAUUGGGCAGUAUGAGGUUACUGUAACUCAGGGAGAGAACAGAGAAGAUAACAGAUAGAACAAAUAACACGGAAACUUUUUGAUUUAGAAAGCAAUUUUCUAAUGAAAGUGUACUGAAUGUGAAAAUAAAGGUCCCGAGUCUCCUCUCACUUGUGUUACACCUGUGUGAGAGGAAAGCUAGGCUCAAAAUGUAUUGGAUCAGACGCUAUUCUCAUUUACAUCCAUGUAACCUCACUGAUGGCCAUGAGGUUGCUUAGAUGAGCAUAGAAUUUGACUCAAUAUAUUUCGGAUUUAGCGUUGCCAAGUAGAAUCUUAGUGUCCUGGCAGAUAUUAGCAGUAGCUACCGUGAGAAUCUUCAUGUAAGAAUGUGUGGGAGCGGACAAUUCAAUCACACUUUCUGGUUUACAUGGGGAUAUCCCUUGGAGUGAAAUGUGCUAUUUUGCAAAAUGAGUAUUUACGAUUACUUUGAAGACAGUUUUUAAAAUAGUUCUUUUAAUCUAAUCAUUGUUCUGCAGCUGUAUUAUUAGUCACUGUGCUGAAGAUGUGAAUAUGAUAAUUUUGCUGAGUGUAUGUUUAUUUUUUUUAAAUCUUUUAUAUACUGUAGAGUUAGAUGUGUUCUGCUGGAUUUUUUCAUCCAGUGAGUAUUUGGUCUGAGCACUUAUUUUGUACUUUUUCAGUGUUGUGUCAACUGCUAUGUAAUGUGUUUCACUUUUUUCCACGGAGCAAAAGUGGGAGCUAGUGUUCUGAAUAGAGGACUGAGUGUCAGGAAAUACGGAAUUCUAAUUCUGCCUCUGACACUGGCUCCUUCUGUGAUCUUGGACAAAUCACUUCACCUUUCCCUGACUUAUUUUCCUCGUGUAAAAAGGGAUGAUAAUAUUUUCUCUGCCUGAUAGGGGUAUGUGUGAAGAUUAAUAAAAUUAAUGUUUGUAAAAUGCUAUGAAGUUGAAAAGUACUAUAUAAGUGCUAUAAUUUUUGUGCAGAGUGGGGAAGGUAUUUUUGUCCAUUUGUGUUCAAUUUGUAGAUACAUAGUUGUAAAAUACUUUUAUGAAUCCCUUUGUGGUAGAAAACUUCUUAUUGCCAGGGACAUUUUUAGUGAGCUGGGUGGAUGCCCCUCCUAUCCCAAAACACCCGUGCCACAGCACUACUACAAAACCUUCAGUUGAGUUACUCUUGACUUACAGAAGAUCUGUAAAAUCAGAUAGAGGACAUUAGGUCCAGGCUCAGUAUAUUUGGAAAUACUUUGGAGGGGUCUCUUACAACAGGAGGUUGCCUAAAAAGGGUGGGGCAGAAACAUACUGUAUUCUUCUUUAUUUCCUGUCCUAAAUUACUGUGAGCUGAUAAACGGUUUCUACAUUUCAUUCCAAAGACGGCUGUAUUUUCAUGCACACCGUAGAAAAAAUGUUUCUCAUUAGGGUUAAACAAAAUCAUUUAGAAAGAUUAAUAAGAAAAAGUACAAAUAGUGAAGUGUUACCUAGUCAUUAGCACAGGAAACACCUUGAAUUACUGCAUGUAUAUUACAUCAAAUACCACCAGCUUCUUUCUCACGCCACCAUAGAAUCCUUGAAGAUUACUUUGCCCAGAAUUUACUCUCCCACUCUUCACUUCUUGUUCGGCUAGGCAGGGCUUCAACCACCUACCCACCCAGUAUUUCCCAGAUAAAGUGAGCAAUCAACCACUGAGCCUGUGAAAAGUUCAAUUUGAGCUACAUUGACAGUUUUUUGAAAGAGACGUUUCACAGUAUCUGCCCCUAGUAGGCAGACUUUUCUCACCACUGCUCAGGCAAAGAAGUGUUGUUAAGAUAUACUGCACCAAAAGAAAUUGUUCAUAGCCGUUUUCUGGGCCCAAUGAGCAGUGUAUUUUAAUGAGUACCUUUUAUCUGCCAUGUAAAUCCUCAUUGACUUCAUGAGUGUGUGUUUGGCACUACUCCCACUUGGGCCCAGGACUGCGUUAAUCACAUAUUGGCACUGAAGCUGGAGGAGUACAGUGCCGAGCACCGCUGCUUUCCAUUUAAAUCAGGAUUUGUCCCCUAAUUGGCAUAAAAUUGAGCAGAUUGAAGCUUACCUCAUCUUUAAUUUGGAGGGGUAGCUCACAGACACUAAAGAUCCCAUCUUGCAAUGCUCCAUCUUGAUCUCAGCAACCUUCCACUGGAUCAAAAGGAAAGAUUGCAUGGUGAAGCACGUAGUCUGUUUGGGCCAUGUCUGUUUCUCAGAAAGAAGGUGGAUCACAUCGCUGGAUACUGAGAGUCACAUUUAGCUUGCAAGGUACAUUUUGCCAACCCCUGCAGCAAAGAGUUCAAACGCCAGAGUUGAAAAACCCAUUGAUGACUUUGCAAAAUUACCUGAACUGCAAAAUGAAAAACCUUUGCAAACUGUUGCUAGCCUAAUUUGUUCUACUGGCCUAUUUUAACACUGCUGGUUCAGUUGAUUUCAGUAUGAAAACACAUUUUGCAUAGACAUUUUUCUGAAAUGCAGCCUGAUCAACAGUUUUCUUUGUCUCAGUCAAUUCUUUGUUGUACUAACUGAUAAAUUGCACACAUACAAAACAUUGAUGUGGUUUUUGAAAUUUUAUUGUCUCAUUAAGGAAUAAAUGCUAUUUUUUGUUUAUAAUUUUACUGAAUUUUUGAAGGACAGGCCUACCCAAAGAAUAUCUAAUAUUUAUAAUUGCUAAAGAAGUUUCAGCAGAUAUAACAAAUAGAUGUAAUGCAAUUCUGUGUUUGUAAAAGGCCUAGCAUAAUGGGGCCUUGAUCCCUGAUUGGUGCUUUUAGAUGCUACAAAACUCAAGUAAUAAUAAUGCUCUAUAUGUUGAAUAAAUUUUUGUAUUUAAUUAAGACAAAUUAAGUCAGAUAGGCAGCCCCCAGAUUCCAAAUGUUGAGAAUUUGUCUUUUUAAGCUUUAAUCUAUCAUAUUUCAUAUUUAUAAAUCAAGAAAUUGUGAUUAAACAUAUGGUCAAUAUGCAGGUUAUGUAUUAUACCCUUAUGCGUGAGUUUAAUGGCUAUGGUUAACAGAAUGUUAAAUAGUUUAUUAAUAUAAUUCUGUUAAACGUAGAGUUUUAACUAUAAUUUAAGCUACUCUUCUUAUUGUGGAAAAAAUAUACCAGUAUUCAACUCUAGUUAAUGUAUAUAUUAUAUACACCUCUACCUCGAUAUAACGCUGUCCUCGGGAGCCAAAAAAUCUUACCGCAUUAUAGGUGAAACCACGUUAUAUUGAACUUGCUUUGAUCCG